UCAACUAUUUUCCUUCUUGGAUCUGAUAAGUUAUAGGAUCUGGAUCUUAGAUGGACCCGACCCGAUAACACAGCCACCCGGAAACCUUCACAAUUGGCAUCACUCCUCCAAGCGACAAGCUGCUGCGUGACUCCACAGCCAUCUCUGCAGUAACUCCAACAAUGUUCAGAGUGCACAGAGAGCAGCACUCUUCACCUUAUGCCACUCACGAGAACCCCGCGGACCACUCUGCUGCCCUCGUUGUAAUCUUACCUCUUCCUCCCUUCAAUGCUUGUAAUGAUUCCCGUGACCACAGCCGACCUUUGAGCCUUCAUCACCUCCUUUGAAACAAGGUCAGAUUCCUCCAGCACCAGAUCUGAACUACUGUGCGUAUCUUGCAGCUCAAACCAGCAUUCAAACUCCAAGUUUGGCAUUCAAACAUUGUAAUCUUGGAUCGGAGUUGAUGCUGAGCUGCCUGCUGACUGUAGUUUUCUGCAUCCAGUGUGAAGGAAGAGAGUAGGACAAAGAAAAAGCAGCUGGAGGUGAUGGAUCCCCUCCAAUGCUGCCCACAUGAAAACAGGAGUCACAUGCAAUUAUGAAAAGGUGAGAAAGUGGCAAACGAAGGUGGAGGAAGGAAUAUAUCCACAGGAGAAUCCACAGGAACGAAAGCAAGUGUUGGUGUUGCCGGCAGAGUCUGCUGACUGUGAGUAAUCCCCACCCCACCACCUUGAAACUUGUGUACAAAGUGUGAAGUAACCUGUAAAAAGAAGGAAGGAAAAAGAAGCUCUCCCAACUUUGUUUGCACUGUUGUUUAGUGUAAAAAUCUGCAGCAAUUGUUUAGGAUUCUAAGUAGAGGAAUUGAGUGUGGCUUAAAGGCUACAGUGGAUGCUGAACGGCAGCAGUGGCAUGUGACAGCCCUGUUUGUUUUCUCCUAACUCUAUUCACACUCCCGUGUCCUGCAUGUUCCUCACUACCUCACUCACUCAGUCCUCACUUGUCUCUUUCUCGCUGCUCUUUGCUCUUUUGCCUUACAGGAGGUCAAGAACAAGGGACUUAAAUAAGAGAGAGAUUAGACGGUGAAGGGUCUGAUGGGCUUCUUCUUGCUUCCAAUCAAGAACUGGCUUCGGAUGGGUUCCUCCUGUUCUGUGCUGUGAGUUCACAUUUCUUCCUUGUUUCUCCGAGGGAUCAGUAGUCCUUUGCAAGAGCAGAGACAUCAGUGGAAGAAUAUGAGAGGGUUGGAAGUGCUCAUUCUUCUACUGGUUCUACUGAGUGGGUUUAACUCAGCUUCAGCUGCUUCACCUGGGAAAAUUGUUAGUGCGGCUGUGUCCAAUGCUGCCUCUGCUCUAUUGAAGAGGUUGUGGUCGCUGAAGUCUACUCCAAAGACAGCAAUCUCUGGCCACCGCCCUUUGAUGAAAUUUGAGGGUGGAUACACUGUUGAGACGGUGUUCGAUGGAAGUAAGCUCGGGAUUGAGCCUUACUCGGUUGAGGUGACGCAGAAUGGGGAGCUGCUGCUUCUUGAUUCAGUCAACAGCAAUCUGUACCGGAUCGCGCAGCCAUUAUCUAGAUAUAGCAGACCCAAGCUUCUUGCUGGUUCUCCAGAAGGGUAUGUUGGUCAUGUUGAUGGAAGGCCACGAGAAGCAAGAAUGAACCAUCCAAGGGGCUUUACAGUUGAUGGAAGGGGAAGUAUAUAUAUUGCAGACACAACAAACAUGGCAAUCAGGAAAAUUAGUGACGCAGGGGUCACAACCAUCGCUGGGGGAAAGUGGAGCAGAGGUGGGCACUCAGAUGGGCCGAGCGAAGAUGCAAAGUUUUCUACAGAUUUUGAAGUUGUUUACAUUGCUAGCAGCUGCUCUCUUCUAGUGGUGGACAGGGGGAACCAGGCAAUCAGGGAGAUCCAGCUUCAUUUUGAUGAUUGUGCACACCAAUAUGAAACUGGUUUUCCUCUUGGAGUUGCAGUGCUACUUGCUGCUGGUUUCUUCGGUUACAUGCUUGCUUUACUCCAGAGGCGUGUGGGAGUAAUGGUCUCUUCAAAUAAUGAUUUUGUUCAGGAACCUCAAACUCCUACAAAAGCAAGCAUGCCUCCUUAUCAGAAACCAAUGAAGCCAUCGAUGAGACCACCACUUAUUCCGAUUGGAAGUGAAGCAGAGAACAUAGAUGAUGAAGGCCUCUUCAGCUCCAUGGGAAAACUUUUAUUUGGAGCAUGGUCGUCAACAGCAGAAAUCUUUGCUGCAAUGUUCCCAAUCUUCAGAAAGAAACCGAAAACCACACGAUACCAGCAGCAGCAACGGAAAGCAAACACUCGGCCGAUGCCAGAGAGUUUUGUCAUCCCAAAUGAUGAGAUGCCACCACCAGUGGAGACCAAAGCUCCUACUCCACAUAAAACUUAUGCCUUUAUGUCAAAAGAACCAGAAAGGAUCCACCAUAUCCGCCAAGCACGAACUUACUUUACUGGGUGGGAUGCAGAGCCACAACCGCAACAGCGAAUACAUCGACAGCAGCACCUUCAACAGCAUCAGCAUCACUCAUCGGGCCCUCAGACUUACUAUGAGCAGAGCUGUGACACAACCAAUGAGAUUGUUUUUGGAGCAGUUCAAGAGUUGAAUUGCAAGCGGAAGUCGGUGGAGAUCAAGACUGUGAAUUAUGGAGAUCCCGUCUAUGAGCAGUAUGGUUUGCGGUUCCCAAACAGCUACGUGGGAUAUGACAACUACUAAGCGGUUACUAGUAGUUGCCAAUUUUUUUCCCCUUUUUCUUCCAUGACCAAAGACUUCUGUCAGUUUAUAUGUGAUCUCUUUUCUCUUUUACAUGUCUAUAUAAAUUGGAGAAGCACCAUGGGAUCUGGAAUGACUUUGAAAUUUUGAAGAAUCUUUAUCCUUUUUGUAAGAGCAA